AUGGGUCAAGAGAAAGUAAUAGUAUCUACUCGGCCACUACAGUGGAAAUGUGUUGAAUCAAGAGCAGACAGUAAGCGUCUUUAUUAUGGACGCUUUAUUCUGGCUCCACUUAUGAGAGGCCAAGCCGAUACAAUAGGCAUUGUAAUGCGAAGAGCUUUGCUUGGAGAAAUAGAAGGAACAUGUAUCACACGUGCAAAAUCCGAUAAAAUACCCCACGAAUAUUCUAACCUAGUAGGUAUUCAAGAAUCAGUACAUGAAAUUUUAAUGAAUUUGAAAGAAAUUGUAUUGAGAAGUAAUCUGUAUAGAACGCGCGAGGCGUCAAUUUGUGUUAAGGGUCCUGGAUGUGUAACUGCUCAAGAUAUCAUCUUACCAUCUUCGGUGGAAAUUGUUGAUAAUACACAGCAUAUAGCUAACCUAACAGAACCAAUUAAUUUGUGUAUUGAAUUACAAAUUGAGAGGAAUUGCGGAUAUCGUAUAAAAAUGCCAAAAAACUUUCAAAACGGAAGUUAUCCUAUAGAUUCUAUAUUCAUGCCUAUUCGAAAUGCAAAUCAUAGUAUUCAUUCUUACGUUAAUGGAAAUGAAAAACAAGAUAUACUUUUUCUCGAAAUAUGGACAAAUGGAAGUUUAACUCCUAAAGAAGCACUUCAUGAGGCCUCCAGAAAUUUGAUUGAUUUAUUGUUUCCCUUUUUACAUGCAGAAGAAGAAAACUUCCAUUUCGAAAACAAUCAACACAAAGGCACUUUACCCCUUUUUGAUUUUCAUGGUAGAGUGGCUAAACUGAGGAAAACGAAAAAAGAAAUAGCAUUGAAAUAUAUUUUUAUUGACCAAUCAGAAUUGCCCCCCAGGGUCUAUAAUUGUCUCAAAAAGUCCAAUAUCCAUACAUUAUUAGACCUUUUGAAUAACAGUCAAGAAGACCUUCUGAAAAUUAAAGAUUUUCGCAUAGAAGAUAUAAAACAUAUAUUGGACGUUCUAGAAAUAAAAAAGCAUUUCGCAUAAAUUUUAAUGAGUUUUGAAUCUUUAACAUCAUCCAUAUACUCGGAAUAUAUCAAAAAUAGAAUUGACUAACUGUAUCUAGGGAAAAUUCACUUUGAAGCGACUAUUCCCUAGAUACACACGUCGUAAUUUAUUUAUUUUAUUUCAAAAAAAAGAAAUAAAUAAAAAUGGAAUCGAUUUAAAAAAGACCUAAAGUUGGGGAUUUAUCAAUAGGUAAUGUUGCUCCAAUACCCAACCAAAGGGCUACUGCCGUACCAAUAAAAAAGACAGUUGUCGCUACUGGACGAUGAAAUGGGUUUUGGAAUUUAUUAACAUUCUCCAAAAAGGGUACUGUUAAUAAUCCCGCAGGUACUGAAACCAUUAAAAGAACACCCAAUAAUUUAUUUGGUACUGUCCGAAGUAUUUGAAAUACGGGAAAAAAAUACCAUUCAGGCAAUAUCUCCAAAGGAGUUGCAAAUGGAUCCGCAGGUUCGCCAAUCAUUGAUGGUUCUAGUA